GAAAUGUACAAUUUUUGAAAUUCUCCAUUUUUUUUUAAAUUCAUUUGAAAAUAGUAAACCAAGCUAUCAGUAUUAAGUAGUAGAAUAUAUAGAGAAAGAAAUUCAUAAAAAUCAAUGAAAAAAGAAGAACAUUGAAGCAAAGAGAAGAAAAGAAACGGAUUGUUAAAGAAGAUUAACAAUUAUUAGGAAUCGUUAACUGACUUGACUUGAAUAAUCUGCUAUAUAUGUACUAGCGGCAUUAACUAACCGAGGAUCAAUUAACUAAGAGGUCCUCGAAACCAAAAGAAAUAUACAACGAAUUGAAAACGCUUUAGGUUCUAUUCCUCGAUAUCAAGUAUAUUAGAAAUAUGACUUCCAUCGAUUUGCCACAGACACCAGAUGAUCCAUCAGAGGCUCUACCAAAAUCAUCAAUGGCCAUUGCUGAAGCUGGAGUCGAGGCGGAUUCGCCUCCUGCCGAACCCAUUUAUGGUAAUAUCAUUCCCAAUCGUAUCUUUGUCGGGGGAAUAAGCCGUGACACAAGCGAAUAUGAUCUGAUGGUCGUUUUUAGCGCAUAUGGCAAGGUUCGCAAUACCAAGAUAAUUGUUAAUCACGAUGGUUUCAACAAGGGCUACGGUUUCGUCACGUUUGAGACCGAGGAGGAAGUCCAACGCCUUCAAUCUGUGUGCAAAUACAUCAUUCUGCAUAAUCGACGAUUAAAUAUUGCGCCCGCUUUUAAGAAGCAACCAGUACGACGAAUGCUACAACAAAUCGUGGACCCCAAUGGUACCAUCUACUCGUAUUUCACAACAAACCACAGCACAAGCACCCAACCAUCAUCACCGAUCGGUAAUUCGGUAAACUUACCGAUUGAUCAAUAUACUACCUCCAGCUAUCCAGCUGAAUUCACAGCUGCCGCAGUUCCAACAAUCUAUCAACAAGCGCCACCUGGUGCUCAAUUUCAGCCAAUCUAUCAAUAUUACAGUGUUCCAGUAAGUGUGCCCAAUGUUUGGCACCAGAAUUAUUAUCCGGAUCCCCAACAGACCUCCUGGGAAUUUGAUAAUGUUAACAACAACAACAAUUGGGGUUCAUCCUAAUUGAAGGACACAAGAGCUCUAUUCAAAAAAUACAUGAACUGAAUAACCACAUCAAAUUGAAGACUUUACAAGAAUUAACAAGAUUAAUCUUAAAUUCUAGAAGACACCUGAAGCUGCGCAACUGUGUCAAAUAUAGGUGCAUGAUUAAGUGUGUAUUUAUAUACUUAUGAAUGUCGGAAAACAUGAAAAAGGAAAUUCUAAAUGAACCCAAGAACAGCGAGAACAAGCUAACCCUACAACAAACUGCAUAAUACAUAUGAAUAUAUGACUCGCUCCCUACAAUCUAUAUAUGCAUAAAUUUAUAGAAGGACUCAAUGUGACUAAGAUGAACCAAGAAUAUCGAGACUUUUAUAACAACGAUUACCUAAACAAAAUCCCAGACACCCCAGCCCCAAUAUAUUGAAGAACAACCAGAUACCAGAGAUAAUAUCUCUAACCUCACGUCAACUCAUGACAAUAUUCGUUUUCAAAAAAUCUUUUUGUUUCAGCUUUGGUGGUCCGCUUUGAUUUACAUUCAUAUAUAUCCAUAUAUAGAUGAAUACAUAUGGUAUAUAUGCUUACAAAGUACAAGUGGAUAAGAAUUUUUCACCCAAAAUUAACGUAAUACUUUAGUGUCAGUUUUUUCUUCUUUGGUUUUGGCAACAAACUAAAAAUUUUAGCAAAAGAAUUUUUUGAAAUUGUGCGUGAGUACAGCGAAUAUUUUCCAAAUUUUCUAGCUUCAAACGAAUAUUAAGAAGCUAGAUUGUACAAAUACACAUAGAAUAAUAAAUAUUUUAUGACAUGU